GAGCCGAAAAAGUUGUAACACUAAACUUCAAGGAGCUGAGUGAAAACAAAUAAUAAGAUGGGUGAGGUGUCUGCAGACGCUGUCACUCUGGACAUGCUAAGAGAAGCAAGAGAGACGGUGAGGAGCAGCCCUCUGGGUGUCAUCGACACCCCCAUGAUCGCCUGGAGCCAGACCACCUUGCCUCUCAGCAUCAGCUGCAACAUCCACAUUAAACUGGAAAACAUGCAGAGAACUGGGUCUUUUAAGAUAAGAGGAGUAGCCAAUCAGUUUGCCAGGAGACCGGCAGGUGGCCGUUUUGUCACCAUGUCUGCUGGGAACUACGGCAAGUCGUUUGCAUAUGCCUUAAAACACUUUGGGUCAAAGGGCAAAGUGGUGAUGCCUGAAACCGCCCCAGAGAACAGGUCCAUCCUCAUACAGAGUUUAGGGGUGGAGGUGGAGCGAGCUCCUACAUCCUGUCUGAUAAACGUGGUGAACCGUUGUGUUCAGGAGGACAACAUGACCUUCCUGCACUCCUACAAUGACCUGGAUCUAAUUGCAGGGCAUGCCAGUCUAGGUAUGGAGGUGCUGGAGGUGAUGCCGGAGCCUGAUGUGGUGGUGGUGUGCUGCGGUGGAGGUGGGCUGCUAGCUGGAGUAGCUGCUGCCAUUAAACUGUCAGGUUGCAGUGAAACCAAGAUCUACGGCGUGGAGCCAGAAGGAGCUUGCACAAUGUACAAAAGCUUAAUUGAGAAGAAACCAGUAGGAAUGGACAGCAAGAGCAUCGCGUCAGGUCUUGCACCACCUUUCGCAGGCAGGCUGCCCUAUGAGCUGUGCCAACGUUACGUAGAGGGGAUCGUCCUCGUUAGCGAUGAGGAGAUCGAGGCUGCCGUGUCCACGCUCUACAGAUCUGGGCUGGUGGUGGAGCCAUCAGGCUCUGCUGCUUUUGCUGCCAUUGUUAACAACAAGAUCCCGGAGCUGGAGGGGAAAGAUGUUGUGUGCAUCCUCACCGGAGGGAAUAUUGGAAAAGCCGAGCUUAUGAACUUUCAAGACUGAAAAACUACAAAUCUGUGACUUCUUACAAAUCUGUGCCAGUAGCUCUCUCACAUAAUAAUU